UUUGCCUGUCUUAUUAGGGCUACAAAGUCUAAAAAGAAAUCUUCGCGUGUAUUGUGGAAGGACCCUAAUAAUAUUGCAACCAGAACUAUAUGCAAUUGUAAUUACUGAGUUAACAGAAGGUCUCUUUCUCUCACCAUGUCUACCCUCUAUCUUCCGAACUCCACCUCAUCAGACCCGCGAUCUCUGUGGGUGCGCAUUGCUGGACAGUAUUCUACCCUAUGUAAGCCAAAAGUACAGGAGGUGUCUUCUGGCCCUCACGGACUACCACUUCCUUGUUUGCUCUCACCCUCCAAUGAACCAGUAUGGGGUUCUUGGGCUGUUUCAUAUAUGCUUGCUCCUGAAGCACUUUCUGGAGGAUGUGACCCCUGCUCCGGUGCUCUUGUUAAACAGUGGGUGAGCUAUGCAGAGUCAGAGUUGUUGCCUGCUGUGUAUGGAGCAGAACGUUCACAGACUAAAGAUCGUUCUCUUCUGGAGCUGCAGAAGAUUCUGGAUAGUCUUGAUUUUUAUCUUAGACUUCGCACAUAUCUUGUGGGAGAGAGCAUCAGUCUUGCAGACAUUGCUGUAGCGUGUUGUUUGAUCAGUCCCUAUACAAAAGUUCUUUCUCCCACAAGAAGAGAGAAACUUCUUAAUGUUACUCGGUGGUUCCAAACUUGCAUUAAUCAACAGCAGUUUAAAGAUAUUCUAGGGGAGGUUAACUUUCUAAAAACAGAUGUUGCUGCUUCAAAAACUUCAGAUGGUCCUUCUGGUACCCCUUCCAAUGCCCCCCCUAAAACUGCAGCCCAAUUAAAGAAGGAGUCUAAGAAGAAAGAAAAACUGGAGCGGUUCCAACAAAAGCAAGAGAAAAUAAAAGAACUGCAGGGGGAGAAAAAGCCCAAACCUGAAAAGAAAGACAAGAAAGAACUUGGGGUGAUUACAUAUGAUAUUCCUACUCCUGCAGGUGAUAAAAAAGAUGUUUCUGGUCCUAUGCCUGACUCCUACAGUCCCCAGUAUGUAGAAUCUGCUUGGUACUCAUGGUGGGAAAAAGAGAAGUUUUUCAAGCCCGAAUUUGGGAGAAGCAGCAUUUCAGAGCCCAACCCAAAGGGUUUGUUCAUGAUGUGUAUUCCUCCACCAAAUGUGACUGGAUCACUUCAUCUUGGACAUGCUCUUACUAAUGCAAUCCAGGACUGUUUGACCCGCUGGCAUCGUAUGCGAGGGGAGCUAACCCUCUGGAACCCUGGCUGUGACCAUGCAGGUAUUGCUACUCAAGUAGUGGUGGAGAAGAAGCUGUGGAGAGAGCGUGGGAAGACCAGACAUGACUUUGGAAGAGAGAAUUUUAUAGAGGAGGUGUGGAAAUGGAAAAGAGAGAAAGGUGACAGAAUAUACCACCAACUGAGGAUUCUUGGAAGUUCUCUGGACUGGGAUAGAACAUGUUUUACAAUGGAUCCUAAACUUUCCUUUGCUGUACAAGAAGCUUUUAUCCGCUUGCAUGAGGCUGGAAUAAUUUAUCGAAGCAAACGUCUAGUCAACUGGUCCUGCACUCUUAAUUCUGCUAUAUCAGACAUAGAGGUAGACAAGAAGGAACUGAGUGGUCGUACUCUACUACCUGUGCCUGGCUAUAAGCAGGGUGUGGAAUUUGGUGUACUUGUCUCGUUUGCUUACAAAGUUCAAGAAACAGGUGAGGAAAUUGUUGUGGCAACAACUCGAGUGGAGACAAUGCUUGGGGACACGGCAGUUGCUGUACAUCCUCAGGACCAAAGGUACAAGCAUUUAAAGGGUCAUCACGUUCUCCAUCCAUUUUGCUCUCGCCUCCUUCCUAUCGUCUUUGAUGAGUUUGUAGACAUGAGCUUUGGAACAGGUGCUGUAAAAAUCACUCCUGCCCAUGAUCCAACUGAUUAUGAGGUUGGAAUGAGACACUCUCUAGAUUUUGUUAACAUCAUGGAUGACAAUGGGACUCUUAUAAAUGUACCCCAACCUUUCCUGGGAAUGAAAAGAUUUGAUGCCAGAAAAGCUGUUUUGGAUGCACUAAAAGAAAAGGGACUUUUCAAGGAGGUCAAAGACAACCCUAUGGUUGUGCCAGUUUGCAGCCGUUCAAAAGACAUUGUAGAGCCUUUGCUGAAGCCUCAGUGGUAUGUACGUUGUGAUGAGAUGGGGAAAAGAGCUGCUGAUGCUGUGCGUGAUGGACAUUUGCUAAUUAAACCUGAAUUCCACACUAAGACAUGGUUCAUUUGGAUGGACAAUAUCAGGGACUGGUGCAUUUCACGUCAACUGUGGUGGGGCCACCGUAUCCCAGCUUACUUUGUGACAGUUAAUGAUCCAUCUGUACCUGCUGGAGAGGAUACAGAUGGAAAGUACUGGAUCAGUGGUCGCUCUGAACAAGAAGCCAAAGAGAAAGCAGCAAGAGUAUUUAAUGUAGCGCCCGAAAAAAUAUCUUUGAGGCAAGACGAUGAUGUGCUUGACACCUGGUUUUCUUCUGGGAUUUUUCCCUUUUCCAUCUUUGGCUGGCCCAAUCAGACUGAAGACCUUAACGUUUUCUACCCUGGCACCCUACUGGAGACUGGCCAUGAUAUUCUCUUCUUCUGGGUGGCUCGGAUGGUGAUGCUUGGUUUAACCUUAACUGGUAAACUCCCAUUUAAAGAGGUGUACCUCCAUGCUGUAGUAAGGGACGCUCAUGGUCGAAAGAUGAGCAAGUCACUGGGAAACGUCAUUGAUCCUUUGGAUGUGAUCAAUGGCAUCACUCUGGAAGGUCUCAACAAACAACUUUUAGAAAGUAACCUAGACCCUGCAGAGCUGGAGAGAGCCAAGGAUGGGCAGAAAUCUGAUUACCCUAAUGGCAUCCCAGAAUGUGGAACGGAUGCUUUGAGGUUUGCACUAUGUGCUUAUACUAGUCAAGGUCGGGACAUUAAUCUGGAUGUGAACAGGAUUCUUGGUUAUCGUCAUUUCUGCAAUAAAAUCUGGAAUGCAACUAAGUUUGCAAUGAAAGGUCUGGGAGAUAAUUAUUCUCCACCUGACUUUGCAGGGGCUUGUGGACAAGAAAGCCUUGCUGACCGAUGGAUAUUGAGCCGCCUUAGUUUUGCAGUUGAUCUCUGUAAUAAUGGUUUUCAAAACUAUGACUUUCCUGGCAUUACAACAGCUGUGUACAACUUCUGGCUUUACGAGUUGUGUGAUGUUUAUCUGGAGUGUUUGAAGCCUGUAUUUUUAAGCUCUGAUGAGGCUGCAAUAUCUGUGGGACGGAACACGCUGUACACCUGCUUGGAUGCUGGCCUUCGUCUUCUCUCUCCCUUCAUGCCAUUUCUUACUGAGGAAUUAUAUCAGCGCCUUCCCCGGCGCUCCAGCAGUAGAACUCCAAGUAUUUCAGUCACUUCCUACCCAGAGACAUCAGAAUGCAACUGGCGAGAUGAGGAAAUUGAGAGAAAUAUGGAUUUGGCACUGCUCAUUGUCAAGUCAAUCCGAUCUCUGCGAGCAGACUAUAAUCUCACUAAAACAAAGGCUGACUGUUUCGUUCAAUGUCAAGAUGCUGACACCGUUUCUGUGGUUACUGCUUACACUUCAUUCAUCACGGUCCUCUCUUCCUCACGCUCUCUGGUUACUCUGAAGGCUCAGGAUCCUGCUCCAGCCGGAAGCGCUGUUAAUACUGCAUCAGAUAAAGCUACUGUGUAUGUGGUGCUCAAGGGCCUAAUAGAUGUAGAGAAGGAGCUGGCCAAACUGCAAGUUAAGAAGACUGAAUUGGGCAGACAGCUAGAGAAGCUGCGUGAGAGGAUGGGCAGUGCAGAUUACCGCAGCAAAGUGCCCGAAACAGUGCAGCAACAAGAUGCAGAGCGGAUCAGACAGACUGAGACAGAGUUCAAGAAGGUGAAUGAGGCUGCAGAGAACUUUCAGAAAAUGGUGUAGGGCUUUCAUUGGCACCUUGGACCCUUUCAUUCACCUCAUUGCUGCUUUAAGGAGAUGUAUUUUUAAAUGUGGCUGGUCUUGCAACCCGAUAUAAUAAAAGACAGUGGAAACAA